UCGAGUGAAACUAGACAUUUCGUUAUUUGACAUCUAGCGAUUGUCUUUUCGACAUUUACACUACAUUCUCAAAAGUUCUCCUUCUUUAGUGAUGUGUGGAUGAAUGACAUUUAUGAUGCCCUAAAGACUCAUUUAAAAGUCCACUGGCCGUUGUCGCGGCUGCCGCCGUGUUCCUCCGUGGUGCCGGAACUGAUAGACGCUGAGGCUGCUGUCACGCCACUGCCCCCAUCGCCCAUGGAGGUCGUUGCUCCACGUCCUAAUCCGAGCAUACCCAGUGGUGAUGUGCGCCCUGGGCAGGUUUUCCACGGGGCGUUUUCCUCGCCCCCUCAUGAGCAAUUCGGGGCCGCGGGUGGACAGCAUGCCCCGGCAGUUCCACUGACCGCCCCCUCAGCUGCGCCGCCCCUGGGUCCCUCCACCCACCGUCGGAAGCCAUACUCAACAACGGUGCCUCGUUUCAGGGGGGAGGGAUGUGGUAUCAAUAACAAUGAUGCCACGGCGUAGGUACAACUUCAUAAGUUGACACUACGAGACACCAACGACAGUGCCCUCUAGCCGGCGCUGUGGAGCUCUACAAGCGUCA